CGUUAGAAAAAAAAAAUGGACUGCGCACUUUCCUCGUCGGUUUUUAUACCAGCUUCACCUUCUUCCUACUGACGAUCGACGCUGCAGAUGUUGCAGCAAGGAUUGUUUUUGUUGUCGGCGGAUCGCGGUGCCAUGCAUCGUUUUGCAUUUUUACGCACCCAUCCAGACUCAUCUUCCUCCUCCUCUUCCACUAAUCAAACGGCGUCACAUGCUGCUGAAAAGCACUUUAACGCUCCAGAUAAAAUGUCUUUGGGUGAAUGCCGCAGCCUGCAGGAUUUGGACCGACGCUGGAGGCCAGUAUGCCCGGAUCAGAGGACGUUCUUAUAACACUAGCAAAUCACAUUUCUUAAAUUGUGGUACUUAACAUCAGUUUAAAGACAGCCAUGGGUGAUGAGACGAGCUUGUCUCAGCAGAUAGAGAGUGUGGAGAGGAGCAUGGUGUUCCUCAGGAAGGAGCACCUCACUAUGCUCCACGGUCUUCACCUGGAGAUCCUCUCCCUGCAAAAGCGAUGCACAGAGUUGACAAGUGAAUUGAAGAUGAAGCCUCCAGGCAGGAGUCAAAUAGAAUUACAGGAGGAAGAGGAGCUUUUGGAGGCUCACUGUCUGGAGGUGGAAAAUUGUCUGGCAGAAAAGGAGUGCGCCUUGGGAGAGCUUCGUAAGGAGCUUACUCAGAAAGGGGCUUUGGUGGGAGCUCUCAGAGCCAAUCUCAAGCAAAAGGAGCGCCAUUUUCUGGAGGAGCUUAAACGUCGCAGCCACUGUUCAACCAUCCUUAACACAGAGCUGCAGAAGCAAACCGAGGCUGCUGCAUACCUCUCCUUCCAGCUGCAUGCUGCAAGGCAGAAACUGCACCAACAGCGGAUGCAGCAGAGGCAGGGACUCCUUUCCAGAGCCAGCAAUCAGGGGUUCCAGUGCGGUGCCGAGCAGAACUCCGUUUCUCCACAAAUGCUUUCAGGAGCUUCCCCUUCUUCUCCUGUGGUUAAACCAAAACGAAAGAGUGCUAGGGCUUCCUCGAGAGUUGAGCGUGCCCGAGAGUGUGUGCCGAUAGAGAAAGUGAUGGGCCCUGCAGAGCCCACAGCCAUGCCAGACCCCGCUCUCUUCCUCCACCCUCGAAGGCACAGGGCACGCUCCAGGCACACUGUGGCACAAAGACAACCUCCACUAGGCCUGGAGAAGGAAGAAGAGGAGGAGGUGGAGGCAAAUGGUGGGGAGGGGCCAGUGGAGCCCCAAGAUGAAGCUGCCAGACUCGUGUCUUCAGCAGCAGCAGCAGCAGCAGCAGCAGCAGCAGCAGCGCCUCCUGCUGCAGAGACAAAAGCAGAUUAGCAACUACUGUGAUGUGCAUUUCGACCAGUGUAUGAUUAUCUUCUGUCAGACUGUUAAUGCUGGUAACUGUUGUUCUGCACCUUGACUGAAUUGAUACUGAGACUGAUUUUAGCCAUUUUAUUAUAUCACACUCACCAUAUGCUCUUUUUUAAUGUGGACUCUGACAUAACCUUAAAUAACUUGCAAAAGUCAGUAACUGUCACUUUAGGUCAGUCUUUUAAAUUAGAACGAAUUGUUUACACUGCUGUCAGACGCUCUCUGUGUACUGUGGGGCCUUAUUCCAUGGUAGCCCCUUUUUUAUUUGAGUUUGACUGUUGUAGGUGUUAUUUAGAGUGGACUAGAAGCUGUUGUGGCAGUUGUGUUACCCAGCCAGCCGUGACCUUUAAAGGCCCAUCACAAGUCACUCCAGGUGGCUGAGUGUUUGCCUGAGUCUCAGCUGAAUAUAUCUGAGGUGGCAGGCACACGACAAAAUGAUUGAGCCCAAGGAAAGUCCUCACUUCCUCACAGAGGAACAAAUAAUAUUUAUUUUUGCCUUUUUUUUUUGUAUCAUGACCAUUUGGCAAAGUCUGUUUUCUAACUGAUUUCAUCUUCAUCUUAAUCCCCAAUACAAGAAUCUAAAAACAGAAGUAUGCACUAUUUGAAGGGAAAAUGGGCUUUAAAUCACUGUGCAAGGUACCGAGUGUUUGUAGCUACAAAUCUUUAGUGAUCUAUCCCUGGUGAAGUAGACCUUUUUCACAGCAGAUGAUAAUACAUUAACAGUGGCUCUAGUGGCUUUAGAUAUCUCACUCAGUUUUGCCAGAGAGCCAGGCUGUGUCCAAAAUGACUAUCCCACUCACUCAUUUGCUCCUCCUUAUGUAGUAGGCACUAAACUCCAUUUUGGGGGGUAUUUACGAGUCUUCAUCAGUUUGCAUUAUAUGAAAACUGUAGAAGCGCACAGCGGUCACAUUCUUAUCUGUAAGAGAUUUGGGGAUAUUUGCAGAAAAGUAGAAAGCUUGAGCAUAUUAUUUAGUGGAUAAAUUUACACCCUUAUCAAAAGGCCGAAAUACAAAGUGAAGUAGUUUAAAACAAGUCCAAAUAUAAUCUGUGAAAAAGGUGCCUUUACAUGGCAGUCUUGUUAAGUUUAGGCAAAAAAAAAGUACAAGACUUAAUUUAGAAAAACACCUUGGUCUGAGUCAAAGUGCACCUGUUUAACAGUGUUAGCCACAUCACAGAAAGCCUGAAAGCAAACUGCUGUCAUGUGCAAAGAAGCCAACCAUUGUUUCAACUGACAACAAACAGUUUUAUCACCUUUAAUGUAAUGGUAGGUUAUUGAUUGCAGUGUUUGCAUGAAUACUGGUGGAAUAACCAUCACAGAAACGUAAAAAAUUAUUUUGGUGAUUACUAAUACCGUUAAUUCAGGGCAGCAAACCUGGGUGGUGGUCCAAUAAAUUUGUUAAGCACUGUAAGUAAACCCUGUGAGUCAAAAGCUCAGGCUGCUGCCUCUGUAUGAUGAAGAGAGGCGAUAUCUGUAUAUGGUCAUAUCAGGCACAGAGCUUUGGCUUUUGCCAAAAAAGCUUCAACCGCCUACUGUUCAAACCUUUUUUGUUUGUGAGAUGCUGCCAAUCAGAAGAUCGUUGGCUUAAAGCGAGAGGAGCUGCAACAGCUUGUUUCAGUCAGCGGAUGAGGCCAAGUAUAAGAUAAAGAAGGAUUCUUUUGAACUGUGAAUCAUGCCAAGCUCAAGUCCAACAACAGGAGUAUGGAGCUGAAAAGUACAACAGGUCCCCUUAAAGGUUGUUAUGCAUCAGCUUUGAUUCAUCUAUAUUAUUCUCAGAUCACAGGUCUGGUGUAAAAAUAACAUAUUAUCAUGCAGAAAAAUACACAUAAUUAUCACGUACAUUAUUAAAAAGCAUCACAACUUCUCAUUCAUUGUUUAAAUAGCGGUAGUGAUACAAUGCAAAAAUAAGUAAUAAGUAAAUCAGUAAACAAGUAUACUUAUCAGUGCCUGCCUCUGAUGAGGAGAGGUCGGCCACGUGAAACUUCAGUGUUCAUGAAGGUUUUGUGAAGUCAUGUACUGGAGUGGUGUGCUGCCUUUCCUUUGUUGGGACUGCUUUGUUAGGCCACCUGCUGGUGAUAAUCAGUUCUGACUUACUGGACCCUGUGCUUUACUCAGGUGUGGGUUGUGUGCAGAAAACACACACACGGACGACAGCGAAUACGCCAUGUUUGUGUUUGAGGGUCUUGUGUUUGUUUGUUUUUUUCACCUCAGGAAAAAAAAAAAA